GAACAGUCAUGGAAUCAGCUGUGUGUUUUAACUCAGUUUGAAGCUUCAAAUGUCCCAAGUGCCCCAGCACUGUAUCCGUCUCUUCCUACACUAGAAGAAGCUUCAGUGAUACAGUUCUGUGGGGAAGCUGUGGAAACAUGUGGAAAGGAACCUGCAGUUUUGGCACUUCCUGAGCAGGAAUCUUCUCCUCCAAGUUUGCGGCCUUUGGAGUCCGUGGCCGACCUUUCUCGGAGCAAACUCUACCCAGAAUUACCCAAAACAGCUUUAGAGGUUCAGCCGUUCUCACUGGAGCAGCUGAGUGUUUGGGAGCCAGGCGGAGGGUUGCGAGCAUGGCUGGAGGGGGUUGAGGUUUGUGCAGCACAGUUUUGUGCUCUGGCGCGGCAGGAGAAACACGAACUGACUGAACUGUUGCAGAACUACUGGCGCUGCCGCAGACAGCUGACCCAGUCGCACACACAGCUUCACACACAGUCAUCUGAGUGCAAAAGCACACAGAAUCGUCUGUGGAGCUUCAGAGAUGAACAGCUCACACUUCAGGGUGUGUGUGCAGAUCAGACAAAGGUAUGUGGGUAUCACCGCUUCCAGCAGGCAGAGUUUAGUGAGAGUGUGCAGGCUGAGCUGAGAAGACUGUUUGAAGCUUGCAGUGAGCUGCUCCAUCAAAAGGUCGUGCUGCAUGCGUACACCGCUCUGCUGUCACGUCUGCAGGUGGAAUCAUACCUGUACAGUCUUAUAAAAGAUUUUCAGUUAGAUGGCCAAACACAGCCGUGUUCUCUCCAACCUCUGAAAGAGGCCAUCAGCGUCCUGUUUAGUUUCACACGAAGAGUCCUUGAUGACACACAGUUCCAGUCAGACAUCCAUCACUGGCUUGAGAGAUUGGUCGCCGUCCUGCUGCAUGUUGGAGGGUCAGGGGAGCACCUGUACCUCCUGUGCCAUCUUCUGUGCUGUCCUGCUGGGGUGGGAAAGUGGGCUGCACACUUCCUUCGGAUACAAGUUUGGGGGAACACCUCUGGAGUUCAGCAAUUUAUGCAAGCUCUGGCCAUUCUAAUGUCACCUGCCAGACAUCGUGCAGAGUUCCUGGGCCACAUGAAGCCGUGUGAGAGCCAGAGCUCAGGUGCUUCGGGACAAGAAUCUGGCAACUGGACCUUAGUGGAUGAAGGUGGAGAGGAGGAUGAGGACCCAGAAACCAGCUGGUUGCUACUAUGUGAGGAAGAUCUGAUUUUAUUGAUUACCCAGUUCCCCUUCCAGCAGCUCUACUCAUACAUGCUUGGGAUGAGCAAGCAGGGUGUGUAUGAGCCCCAGGCCUGCUCCAGUCAGAAGAUGAUGCGGGUGUUUGCUUUCGCUUCCUCGCUCAUUGAAAUUCUCGCUCUCGGUCUACAAACCUAUAACAGAUCCCGAUACAGACAGCUAGUCAAACGAAUAGGGCACAUCAUACGAAUGACAGUUUGCUAUGUGAGUGAUCACUGGGCCCAGUACGUGAGUGUGACUGAUGCCGCUGGAUCUAGCUCUCAAGUACACUCUCUGUCUUUGGAAAAACUGCAGAUAGAAUAUGAUCAUCUUUUCCUCCGAGCUGUUUUACAUGUACUCAGAAACAAAAGGCUGGGCAUUUGGUUGUUUAUGUCUGAGAUGCCAUAUGGGACUUUGUCCAGCUCCAUGCUCUGGAAGAUCCUUUAUGUUAUGCAGAGCGCAGAGACUGCAGGGCUAGAAACACUCAGCACAGCUGGUGACACAUACUCCUGCAUUCAGGCUCUCAGAGACCCACAGCAUCAGGCGAGUUUUGAACAGUGGCUGUGUGAGGUGAACAGCUCUGACGGCAUCUCGCUCCUCACUGCAUUAGCACAAAUGGCGACACCCACUCAGCGCUCUGACUCACAAUUCAUCACCACUAUAACUCUCCUGAUUUACCAGGUCUCUUAUGUGAGCGUGUCCACCAGAGAAACCUACUCCAAGGUGGGGAGGGAGUUACUGGCUGCUAUAGCAGCAGCCCACCCAUAUGUUAUCUCGGUGCUCCUUGAGAGACUGAGGGACACCAUACAGACUGUGGGAAUGGUGGCUUUGUACUUGUGUAAAGAGCUGCCUCUGAGUCUUUGGCAGCCGCAGCAAGAAGAAAUAUGCGUGAUUGGAGCGUGGCUCCUUCAGCAUCCUCUGUCAGCUGUAGAGAACCGGCUGGCCUGUGUCAUCCUUGAGGGUCUGAACUGGGGGUUCAACACUCAGGAUGGCUCUUUGUUCCUGCCUUCAAUUCUCCACAAUGAGGUGGCACUGCUGGUGGCUGAAGCCUAUCAGAAGUACCUUACAGACAAACCAUACAGUGGGCUCAUAUCAGAGGGAAUCAAACAGGUCUCUUACCUUGCAAGUGUCCUUCGUUUGGGCGUAUCUCCUGAAGCAUCCUUUAGUCAGUGGGCAUGGCAGCUGCUGCUGAGGCUGAAGCUUCAUGGCAAUUCUCAGAACCCUAAAGGAGCCUGGGUGGUCCCUGCUUUGGCAUCCAACCCACCUCCAGAGCUUACGCACUCUCCUAGCAUGCACUCUGUUCUGAGGGCUGUAAAAGCAGGCAUACCGAUUGGAUGCUACCUGUCCAUUGCAAUGACAACCGUGGGACAUAGCCUGGAACAUUUCUGUACUGAUGGUGUUGGCUUGUUGAAAAGUCUGAUUCAGUCUCGCCAUCUGAGAGCUGCUGUGCAUCUGUUAGAUAACAUCCUACCCCCAACCUAUCCUCUUAGCUACUACCUGCUCAACAACGCUCAGUUUGUAAGCUGUAUUCAGUUGUUCUUGCAGUACGACAGCGUGUGUCCUCAGGGCAUGACGCAGCAGGUCACGCAUCGAGUGGCGCCACUUCUCACUGGAACCAGUUAUGGAGACAACGUCCGUCUGCUGAACAGUGUCAUUCAGAGUCAUGUGGUAGAAAGUUCGAAACCAGGCCUUGUUGGAGCUGCAGCAGUUCUGGAGUUUUGGGUGGGAAUUCUGACUCAACAGAACUUGUGGUACCGAGACAAAACAGUCCUGUUCCUCAUGGAUCAGAUCUGCUGCGCUGCCUUCACUUACCACCAGGAGGAAUGUGUCCAAAAACUCCUGUACCAGCAACAUAAGACUGCUUUGGGUUAUCAUGGAGACCGGGGUCUGCUCUCUUCUCUGGUUGGCUGGAUUUCUGGAAAUGCCACACCCUCCUUCAUCGAGGGCCAAUCCUUGAGUGCUGAGAUCUGGUUUGCCUGGAUGGUGCUGAAUAUGGAGGGUGUGUUUGAGGAAGAUUCUCAGCUGAGGCGUUGUGUUGAGCAUGAACUCCUGUCAGAGCUUAAUAUCUCCCCCGAACAAGCCUUAAAGAAGGCUCAACAGAGGCUUAAGUUGCCAGUAGCCCCGUCUCUGCAGAGGCUUCAGGUAUAUCGUUGGGCAUAUCAGGCCGCAGCUACACCACCUGAUCACCCCCUCCUACCCCUCAUCUGGCAGAAAUUCCUGCAGCUCUACCUUAGACAGCCUGGACCUGAGUACGGGCUGGCUGCAGGAGGAUGUAUCGGCAAGAGGUUCUUCCAGGCCUCUUCCCAGGCUGCUUUCCUCCGAGAUCUGAGGCAGAGAAUACAGGAAGUGUCUGACUUCCACCACGCUGCCAGUCAGGCCCUCCGGGUACUCCCACCGAACACACCCUCAUCAGACCAGGGUGACGAAACCCCCAAUAAUCCCGGACCACCUUACCUCACUUCUCCUCAGCUACAUACAGAACUGGUCAGGUUGUUUGGAGUAUUUUCUGUGUGGCUGGAUGACGAGACUCUGCAGAAGCAAGAAGUGUAUCUUCCCUCUCUUCCUCCAGAGUAUGAACCACACAGACUGGCACAGGUCAUGCAGCGGCAUCAGGAACUUUGGCUGGAAUAUGUGGACCAGGAGCGUCUACAAUAUGAUCAGAGGGAAGUUUUGUCUCUUUGGAAGAAGGUGCAGAGUGAGCCAACAUUCCUCCAGACUCAAACCUCUGGUUUCACUGACUACACCAGCCUCAGCAAUGCAAGGGAGCGUAUCCUGUCCAAUCUGCAGAAACAUCCAGUUCCCCGUUUAGCUCCUGAACUGCAUAAGCUGAAGUCACCAGUACCUGAAGUGCCUACCGCCUGUCUCACUGACUGUAAAGCUGCCUGUAAACUGUUAGAGCAGGACCUCAGCAUUUUGCAAGAUCAAGCCAGGAUUGCUGUAGCACGUGAAGCCCAGCAGGUGGCAAUGGAGCAGGAGCUGCUGGAGAGCCUUCCUUUACUGUUUAAGAACCGACCAGAGCAAGUCACCAUGACCCUGGAGUGUAAAGGGAAGAGUGGACAGCCAUGCCAAGGAGCUGCAAACAUCACUGUCACAUGUGAGCAUGUGCAGAAGCAGGAGGCAGUGCAGACUCAGAUAACAUCACUGCGCAGGGACAUCAAAAAGCUUCAAACCGAUGCUAUGGCUCCACCACCUGAAAUCCUGGCCCAGGCUGCCGUUCACACUGAAAACUUCAUCACGGCUUUGGUGAAUAUGCACAAAGCACAAAAAUCUCCUGCAGUCCAGAAAGUUGGUGUGUCUGCUUUUUACAAGGUGGUCUCCUUUGUAUGUGAGGACACGCUCCGUCAUCCACCAACUCGUCAGUACCUGUCUUCAUGUGUGGAGGUACUGGGACAGGUAUUUAUCCAGGGAAAUGCAGAGGAGUGUGGCCGUGUCCUAAAGACUAUCCUGGAGCAGCGGCGGCUUUGCCCUCUCAUUUCCCCCUUCUUCACUCCCAACGCAGCGCCCAGUCAGCUGGUGUUUCUCUACCAAGACGUCGUGACAUCGCUGUCCCUCGACAGCGCCGAUGUCGUUUUCAUGCUGCUCACUAAGUUUGAUUUGUCUCAGUGGCUGAAUGAAGCCCAUCCCGUGUUUUCGGAGAGGACACGUUUGCUGGAAUUAGUCCAUGGAGCUCUCUGCGUCUGCGGCCGAGACCCCGAGCCUGAGUUUCUCACACCUUUUCACCUUUUCACCAAACACUGGACCUGGCUUUUACGGCAUCAUUUCCCCGACCAUUACAGCGAUUGCCUUCGCCUCCUCAUGACCAGCUCAUCCAACCAGCUGCUCAGUCCGGAGUGCUGGAAAGUGACUCUGCGAGUGCUUGGCUGUUUACCUCCAUCUCGCAGCACCAAGGGCAAAGCUGAAGCAGCUGUGUGCAGCACUGAAGUCUCCACCCGUGGUGUCGCACCCCCACCCUCCACCUACAGGUCCCCCAUCACCCUCUCUCCUCAGCAGGUGGAUGAGACAGUCAAUUGGCUGAGUGACUACUUUUUACGAAGUCGUCUCAGUAAGACGGACCUCCGCAGCUUCGGCCUCUAUUCUUCCUGGACUCCCUACAUCGAGGACGUCGUUUCCUUCUGGGACCAUUUGAUCAGUUGCCUCAUCAAUGUGCAGCUCAACAGCUGCGCCCGAGAGUCAGUGGGCAGCAGCAAAAUAAUGAAAGCUCUGCAGGACCUGCACAGUAAGACUGUGAAGUUAUUUAAGCCAUGGAUCUUUCCUGUGGACGCUGGCGAGGGCGGUAACAUCAAGUGUUACCCCUGGCUGGAGACGGAUGCGAGUGCAGCAGGAUGUAUGGUUGGCCUCUACAUUCAGAUCACUGACCUGCUUCAUCACAAGUUCAGAGAUCGUCUGCUGCCUGGUCAGAGGGGUGCUCUGUGGCUGUGUAUGAUGCAGUACUGUGAGAGCUGUACCUCACCACGCACACCGGAGUACCUGCUCUACCUGUAUCACACACACCUACGCAGCCUGCCCUGGAGACACCUGCACCCUGACACUAAGCUCAUGGAGCAACUCUUCAGUGUGGAGAGAGGAAGUCCCAAGAGCUGCUUCCUGUUUAUGGGAGAAGUGUUAUGUGAAGUUAACUGGGUCAGCGUCCUGAGUGACCACUUACAAACACCUCCCGGCUCCACAACAUAUCCAGCUGUGUCAGAAAUGGCCACACAGAAAGAGUCCCACACUAUGUUGGUAUACCUGCUCCACAUGCUCGUUUUUCUGGCAAAGGAGGAACAACUCCUGAGUCAGCAGGACUCACCUCUGUUCAGUCUGCUGGUUCAGUCCACAUCUCUACCCUGGCACAAACUGGACCUGUCCUCGUACCAGAGCAUUCUGGGAUACUUCAGCACCCACUACCCUCCCUCUUUGCUUCUCAGUGCUGAUUCUGCACCUCAGCUGCUGCUGAAAUCACUCCGUAGUGCUGCUGGGCUCCACCCCUGCCCCGGUGAAGCUCCACACCAGGAAGAGACGCUAAAGGCUGGAGCCUACAUUUGCUGGUGUGUGCAAUCUCUGGUGACUCUGGAGCAAGGAGGCAGCAUCACCCUCACCAGCCUGGAGGCUCAACUGGAAACACUUUUGGAGAGUAUCAUAACCUUCAACCCACCAGAGGUGGAUUUGGAGCAGAGGCACAUGGCGUUCUGCAGUCUCUUCAGUGAUGCUUUGGCUUUGCUCAACGGCGUGGGCGUCUCAACAGGCGAGGCACUCGCUGCCCAUGUCAUUACCUGGCUGGACAGGAAAGGGAGAGGCUUUCCAACUCUUCCCCUUCUCACAGCCUGCUCCCGUUGCCUUGCAUCAGUGCGACACAUGACACGCAUCAUGGAGGCAUGCAUUACAGGGUACUUCAACCAUGCCGAGGAAGAGUCUGUAAGGUGGGGACCUGUGUUGGCAUCGCUGCAGGUGCCCGAGCUCACGGUAGAUGACUUCCUUUCUGAGAGCCAAUCAGGAGGCAGUUUCCUGACGCUCUACGCCUUUAUUCUGCAGCGUCUCAACAGUGAAUACACAGCAGCCAAUGAGAGGAGGACUCUGGCUCUAAUUAACACUUGGACCAAUCAGGUCUUUCCCAGCGGUCCGGCUGAUGAAGCCAAGCUGUUUCUGUGGUGGCACAAAUCCUUGAAUCUUUCAGCGGAGCAGCUGCAGCCACAGGCAGGCUUGACUGAAGUAUCAGGUGUGGUCUUGGGCCUGAUGAGGUUUCAAACUAGGCUGCUUCAACUGGGAGAAGAAAGACUGAACUCUGGCCUGCUCGGAGCUAUAGGCCUUGGAAAAAGGUCUCCUGUCUCUAAUAGGUUCAGGGUGGUGGUACGCAGUCUGUCAGCUUUUCUGUCCAUUCAAGUGCCAUCAGAGAGCGAGCUUCGACUUCAACCCACCACUGACUUGCAGCUCUCUGCAAAAGCACAGCAAAUGUUGGGGACGCUGGAAGCCAUGCCCAGUAAUAAGCAGUACGCCGAGUUAGAGGACUCUGUGAAUAAGGCUGUCCAGUUCAUUCGCUACCCAGGACAUUGUCUCAAAGAUGGACCCCGGCUGCUGGCCCUCCUAGCUAACCUCCUAUACCCCGACCUCAGAUACCUGCACAUUAUCCGCUGACUGUGAACUCACCUUCUACCUGAGAGUAAACAAUUUUUCAAUAGAGUCAAAAAUCCUGAAGGAGCACAAAGGUUUUAAAUGAUGAAGACACUUGUUCUGAAUUGCCUUUUUAUUGUGCCAGCGGGGGACUUGUGUGACAGAAACUUACUCAUUAAAGCUGACUGAACAUUUGUGAGGAACAAACCUCUUGACUGCUAGAGUACAGUGAAGGAACACAGAUCCGUCAGAAGUUUAAGCAAUCAUGUGUGCUAAUCUUUGACAUUUAGGCACUUUAUUUUCUUCUGAUGUUCAUGCCUUGUUGCUUUUUGCAUAAGUUGCCUGUUGAUUUUCAGCUCCAUCGGUCCUGUUCUUGAUUUGAGAGGAUGUUGCAUGUAUUUAUUGAAGUAGAACUCAUGAAUCAGAAUUCAGCAGCAGGCUCUGUGGGUGUGAGUUUCACACCUGUACAUGGAAUCUAACAGGAAAAAAAGAUGAACGGUCCACAGAUUAUUUAGAGGAUGUUAAAGGACUCAUUUAAUAGACCUAUAGGUUUGGUAGUACCUUCUUAAAAUAGGGUGUGGGGCAUACCAGGAAUGCUGGUAGUUGGGGUUCAUUGCUUAACCUAAGUCUUGUUUUUUGCUGCUGAUGCUUGCAUAUCCAUGAUCCGCAGUCUGAAAUAUUUCAAUCCAAGGUACUGUAUACAGUAGGAGGUGAUCAUGUCUAGUAACAGCACAUUUGCCAGUAUUAUGUUCAUUUCCAGCCAAAAGUGCUUUCCUUGUUCUGCCAAAGAGAUGUUAUUUUCAUCUGCUCAGCUACUUAAACCUCCUUAACCGUGAUCUCUGGUUGUGUCAUCAGUGUCCGUUAAGUCCAAAACUACAGUCUGGAAAAGCGAAGUACAACUUGUUUUCCUUGUAGAAUUGUAUGUGCAGUGUUAUUCAAAUUGCUAAUGGUAUAACGAGGUUUUAAUGCUGUUGAAGCUAGAACAGAACUGGACAGCUUUCUUACUUUAAUUACUCCUGUCAACUCACCACUUCUGUUGCUCUGUGCCAUCUCAGUAAUCAUCGAGCUGCACUUCAGCAGCCUGCAGCUCGCCUUAUUGCUGGUAUUAUGUGGUGACUGUUAAUGUCAAAAGCGUUUCUUUUUUAUGAGUCAGUGAUCAGGAAUGGGUCUGUAAGGACUGCUGCAGGAGGUGUACUCCGUAGCCAAGCAGAACAAAAGAGACAUGACUGCUCAAUAAAGGGAACUGAACACCUCA